UCCAAAAUGGCGGCGUCCUGAUACGGCGUGUGUAGCAACAGUUCCAUUACUAAACAUGAAAAGUACUGGCUUUUAAAAUACUGCGUUUUUUUUCUCUUGAACUUCUGUACGUCCAAAACAGACUAGAAAAUGAAGUUAAAGGCCAAGCCUCUGUCUCACAAAUCAGAAAACACUUACCGGUUUCUCACAUUUUCCGAGAGACUUGCAAAUGUGAACAUCGAUGUGAUCCAUCGGAUUGAUCGGACAAGGAGUUAUGCCGAGGAGGUAGACACCUACUUUUUUGAAGGUUUAACAAAAUGGAGGGAUCUGAACCUAACAGAUCACUUCACGGCCUUUUCAAAAGAGGUUUCCCACAAGAGUCAGUCCUUCAACAUGUUGGUGUUCCACCAAAAUGCCAUAGUGGAGAGUCUGAAGACUCAUCUGUCAGUGAAGAACAGCCUGGCUAACCAACCGCUUCUGGAUCUUGUGGUCCGGUUUGCACGCGACCUCCAGACAGACUUUUACCCUCACUUUCCUGACUUCUUCAUCAUCAUUACCUCAUUGCUUGAGACUCAGGAUACUGAGGUGCUGGAGUGGGCCUUUACCUGCCUCUCCUACCUCUAUAAGUACUUAUGGAGGCUGAUGGUGAAGGAUAUGAAGAAGAUAUACAGUCUUUACAGUAAACUUCUGGCACACAAGAAAGAGCACAUCCGUAACUUUGCAGCUGAGAGUUUUUCCUUUUUAAUGAGGAAGGUUCCAGACUUUGACGGCCUGUUCACACUGAUGUUUGUGGAUCUGGAGCAGUGCCCUCAGAAGGCAAAGGGAGUAGGGCAGCUCAUCUUUGAGAUGUGCAGAGGAGUCUGCAAUAUGUUCCACUCUUGUACCAAUACAGCUUUGCCAGUGGCACUGCGGAAACUCGGGCCCUCUGGGGAUGGAGAUGUUGCUCUGCCCUGGGAUGCCAUUAAAGAGGCUCUCGAUCACAUGGCUGAGUCUUCAGCCAAUUACGUUGCGAAGGAAAACUUCUCGGUUCUUUGGGAUUCGUUGCAGACUUGCGUCAAAGACUUGCUCCCGAGGCUGGAGGCAGGGCAUUCGAACCAGACCAGUGAGCACAUUGAAAGGAUCUUGUUUAUUUAUCACACACUGGUAGAGCACAGAAAAGGAGCCAAGAUCACCAAGCCACAGUCUGUCUGUGAGUUGCUUCUCCAGCUGGUCCAUACUCGAGGUCUGUCCUGCUCCUGCUGCACUUUGCUGCUUCAAGUGAUCUCGUCCUUUCUGCUAGCAGAGAACCUGGACCUACCAGCCAGCAUGAUCCAAGAACUGGUGAAAAAUGUCUUUACCAGUGGGAUGGCUCGAGAUCUUAUUUUGUCAUUCGCCAAGGAGAUGUUCAGUAUGAAGCAAUUUGAGCAGCUGUUUCUGCCCAGUAUGCUGCAGUACGUGGAGCAGCUCUUCUCCAGUGAGGACUCGGUGAGCAGACUGAUGGCUCUGGAGUUGCUGGUCAGGCUGAUCCUGGUUAAAGCUCAGCCUCCUACUGAUGGCUCAAUGGCCUUUGAGAAGUACCCACUGAUCUUCACUGGGCAGUCUGGAGGGUUAUAUGGGGUGGACAAGGCACAGGCAGCAUCCGUUCCUCAGCUCAUCCUCUCCCUCAUAGUUGUCCCAGAGGAUCAGCUACUAUCAGAUCUCUCUCAGAUCUGGGCGGCCCUGGUGCUUCUGCCUCACCUCAGGCCCCUGGAGGCAGCAAGCGUGAUUCCUCCCCUCACUGCCCUGUUGAACCGACUGUUACAUGAGGUGCACAGUGAAAAGCUUGGAAGAGGAGGGCUUUUUGUGGCACGACAGGCUCUAACCACAUUGCUGAGCUUUAAGGAAACUGCACUGGUGUUGUCUCUGCUCCCGGAUGAGCUUGUCCGGAGCAUCAUAGAGAAGUUUCCCACUGAUCUUUCUGCACUGCUGCUGGCUGACCUGUACUACACCAGACUGUCGCUCAGUGGCUGCUCUGCCCAGCUGUCUCACAACUCACUAUUGGAGCUGUAUCAAAUGUUGCAUUCCAAUUUUUCUUCUAACAUCUCAAAGAUUCGCCUUCUGACACUGAGAAUUAUGUCCCACUUUGAGGCAGAGCUUCCACAAACAGCAGAGGGGGAGGACAGCUCAAGCACUCAGACGGUGUUUGCCAGCUGCCUGCAGGCCGAGCAGGUACCAGCCACAGUGCAGGAUUACAGAGAGAAACUGCUGCACUUGCGCAAACUGCGCCAUGACCUGGUGCAGCCCUGCCUCCCCAAAGGACCUUUCCACCUGGUUCCACUGCAGUACCUCAUCGCAAUGCUGUUCGUUAAUUUCAGACCUUUGUGGGAUGCUGUCAUUGACCUUCUUGCGUCCCAUGCCAGAGACAUGGACAACAAAGAGUUCUGGAAGGUUUACUAUGAACAUUUAGAGAUGGUUGCUGGUCUGGCAGAGAAAGAGCUUCGGCAAGAGGAGGAAGAUGAUGAGGGUGGUGAUCAGGAUGAAGGUGCAGGGUCUAUGCUGGGUCCAGGGACAGAUGUGAUCAGCAGCGGGGAUGUCGGUGUUCUGUUUCUGGAGCAGCUGGAGCAGGCAGACAGCAUUAGUGAUCGCACAGACUUCACUAACUUUCGUAGCCUGCUGUGGAGAGCCAUGAGCCAGUUCCCUGACAGAGUGGAACCACGGAGCCGAGAGCUCAGCCCACUGCUGCUGCGCUUCAUCAGGAAUGAGUUCUAUCCAGCUGACCUGCUAGUGGCUCCAGUUCAGAAUCUGACGAAGAGGAGCCACUCUUCCACACAAGUCACAUCUGAGACUGAAAAGGAAGAUGUGAGGAUGAGAGAGGUGGAGGAAGAAGAAGAAGAAGUAGAAGCAGAGGAAGAGUCCCAACAAGCUGAGAAAAAAAUGCCAAGGAGAGCUGCAGCCAAGCAGCUCAUUGCACAUCUUAAGGUCUUCUCCAAGUUCACUAAUCCCAAAGCUUUAUACAUGGAGCCUGAAUUACAGCAGCUGUACACACAGCUCCUGUGCCAUAAGGACCAGCAGAUUCAGAGGGCAGCUCUGGACUGUUUGAUGACAUACAAAGACCCAUGCAUUCUUCCUUACAAAGAGAAUCUGGAGAGACUGCUAGAUGACAAGCAUUUCAAAGAUGAGAUUGUUCACUUCAACAUCUCUGAGGAGGGAACAGUGGUGCUGGAUAUGCACCGCCCCCAACUUAUCCCUGUGCUCAUGAGGGUCCUGUAUGGGCGGAUGCGCACUAAAGUUGGUAAUAAGUUCCAGGGCAAAGCUGCCACUGCAUCACGUUCUUCCAUCGUGCUGCGCUUCCUAGCAGGUUCCCAGCCAGAGGAGCUGGCUAUGUUCAUUGACCUGCUCCUGGAACCCGUGUGCCAUCACAGCCAAGGAACAUGUCUGGCUGCAGUGGAGAAGGCCAUGGCUGAGACAGACACCUCCUCAGUCCUCCCUCUGGGUCGCCAGCACGGACUGCUCAACGUUAUAGAUGUAGUGCUGCAUAAACUGGGCCACCUCAUACAAAGCUACCUGCCCAAGCUACUGCAGAUUCUGCUGUGUGUCACUGCCUCUGUGGCCUUGCUGCUGGAGCGCAGAGAGCAGCUGAAGCCUGGCUGUAUCGGCCCUCUGAAGAACCUGAGGCGACUGGGUCUUCUUCACAUCCAAGCCUUCUUUGACAACUUUGAGUCAUACCACUUUACAGCUGAUGAACUUGAUGCCCUGUUCCAUGCUAUUGUCUGGCCUCAGGUGUGUCGUUUGCCCUCAGAGAGCACAUAUGCUCCCACGCCGCUCCUUAAACUUAUCCAUGUCUGGAGCAUGAACGCUAGGUAUUUCCCUUUGCUGGCUAAGCAGAGACCGAACCACCCAGAGUGUGACAUCUUGCUCAAUGUCCUUGCCCUGCUGUCUUCCAAAAACGUCUCUCCUAACACAGCGUCCAUGGUAAUGGACAUCUCUGAGAAUUUACUGAACACGCCAGACUUCACACCCUCUGAGACAGAGACAGAGCUGAGCGUCAACGGGUGUGUUAUCCCUGAGCCAGCCCCUGGUUCAGACGACACCACAGAGUCUUUGACUGUAGGUUCGAGGCUGCUCUUGCCUCACAUCCCUGCUGUGCUUCAGUACCUCGGUGGAGUCGUGCGCAACUCCGAUCGCAUCAAAAAGAAGAAAUUCCGAGCUCAAGUUAGCAAGGAGCUUAACAUCCUCUCCAAGAUCAGUAGAUUUGUCACUGACAAGGAACAGAGCUCAACACUUAUCCGUCUGUUGCUACCGUACCUCCAUAAGCCAAAGAUUGCUGAGGAGACAGAACUGGACAUACUGAGCACAGUGCAGAACCUGCUGAGACAAUGUUCAGAGCCCAGUGUCUUCCUGAAGCCUCUUAGUAAACUCUUCUCCAUCAUACGCAGCAAGCCAUGCCGCAAAGUCCUGUGUGAGGUCUUCAAGACUCUGUCCGACUUGGACAAUGAACUGAAGUACAUAGUCGAUGUUGCUGUGCAGCUUAAUGCCUUUGAUAGUCGCCAUCUAGAUGAAAUCCACUUUGAUGUGCGCCUGAUGGCUUUCCAGAAGUCAAUUAAAUACAUUGAAGAGAUGACCACACUAGACAUGAGAUACCUCAUGGUCAUCAUGCACAACUGCUUCCACUCUUUUGAAAUUGGCGACAUGUCUCUGGCAGACAGUGCCACUUUGUGUCUUUCAGCUAUACUUGCGCGGCUGGCUGCAGUGGGCUGCCCUGAGCAGGAAUAUAAAGAGAUUGUGCAGUACACUGUGUUGGAUGCCGUGAGGAGAGGGUUGAAGAGCAAAACAGAGAGUGUGAGGAGCGAUUACACUUCAGUCCUGGCUUGCCUGGUGAAAACCUUCCCCAGUCGCUCAGAGUUCAGAGACCUGGUGCAGCUCACCAACUACACAGAUCCUGAGUCAGACUUCUUUGAGCACAUGAAGCACAUUCAGGUACACCGUAGGGGACGAGCACUCAGGAAGUUUGCCAAGCAGCUGACGGAGGGCACAGUGGUGAUGUCUUCCCGCUCCAUGCAGAACUUUAUCAUGCCCUAUGCAAUGAUUGCACUGUUUGAUGAGAAACUCCUCAAGCAUGAAGCUAUGACUUCCGCAGCAGUCGAAGUUAUUGGAGCAGUGUGUAAGCGCCUGACUUGGUCUAAAUAUCUCUACUACCUCAAGCACUUUAUCCAUGUGCUCCAAACAGGAAUGGUUGAGCAGAAACUGGCUGUAAGUUUGCUGCUGAUUAUUCUGGAAGCCUUUCACUUCGACCUUGAGAGUCUGAGCAAAGAAAUCAAGGCAGCCAAGAACAAAAAGGCAGACGAGCCAAAUGUUCUGGAGGGAGAAGCAGAAGAGGAGCAAGCAGAAGUCAUGGAUUCAGAUGAAAGUGACACGGAGGAUGCCAUGGAGACCAAUGAUGCUGAUGCUCUUGCCAGAGAGACUGAUGGAAUGGACACAGGUGAAGGUGACUCCACCAAGCCCAAAGAAGCCACAGAGGCUAAGCCAAAGAGAGCGCCCCCUGUUGUUAGCAGUGGCCUUCCACAGAGUAAAGAGGAACUGGAGGCUCUCAUCUCCUCCAUUCAUCACACUGUCACUCAGAGCAUCUUGCCCAGACUACAUAAAUGCCUAAUAGCCAAGGUGAAGAGAGAUGAUGAGCAUAAAACGGUGAAAUCAAAGGAAGUGAAGGACGAGGAGGUGGUAAGAGUGCCCAUCGCCUUUGCUAUGGUCCGACUCAUGCAGACUCUUCCACAGGAAGUUAUGGAAGCCAACUUGCCUGGGAUACUCCUCAAAGUGUGUGUCCACCUAAAGAGCCGUUUCCAGGAGAUCCGUGACGUAGCUCGAAACACACUGAUCAAGAUUAUUGAGGCCUUGGGGCAUCAUUACCUGCCGUAUCUUCUCAGGGAGAUGCAGGGUGUUCUUGUAAAGGGUUACCAGAUCCAUGUUUUGACCUUCACUGUUUACCAUCUGCUCUCAAUCCUGAGACCGUCCUUAAAAGCUGGAGAACUCGACCCUUGCUUGGACAUUCUAAUAGAGAUUUUCAACAAUGAGCUGUUUGGCUCUCUUGCGGCGGAGAAGGAGAUCAAGGGUAUCGUUUCGAAAGUGAUGGAGGCCCGUCACAGCAAGAGCUCGGACUCGUAUGAGUUUUUGGCUCAAUUCUGCAGCCAAGAGAGGGUCACGCAGCUCAUCCUUCCGCUCAAAGAGAUUUUGGAGAAGACAGCCAGCCUGAAGGUGUCCCGGCGAGUGCACAGUGUUCUGCGGAGAGUUGUAGCAGGACUUCUGAUGAAUCAGAGCAUGACGCCUCAGUCCAUCCUGCUGCUGAGCCACGGCCUGGUCAGCCAGAGCCUGCCACUCAUCACAAGCAAGAGCAAACAGAAAGCUGCUCCUCCUCCAGACCCCCGACUGCCACCUCCUAGCUGCUUGCUGCUGCCUCCCACCCCGAAGAGAGGCGGAGAGAAGGCGGCCAUAAGCCGCCAGACCAACAUGCACAUCCUAGUGGACACUGGACUGAGUCUGCUCCACGGUAGUUUGAAAAAUUCGAAGGUCAACUCCUCUGUGGCAUCUGUACGGGAGAUGUUAGACCCAUUUGUCUCUCUUCUGCUGGACUGUCUCAACUCCAUGCAUGUCAAGGUGAUCACUGAGUCUCUGCAGGCCUUCAUCUGGAUCCUGAAAUUUCCUCUUCCCGCAGUAGAGCAAAAUGCUGACCAACUCACCAAGCAGCUGUUUGUCCUGCUGAAGGACUACGCUAAAGCAGGUGCAGGUCAUGGUGAAAACUUCCACCUCGUCCAGAACUGCUUCAAGGUCAUAACUGUCCUAGUGAAGAGUGUGACGAAAAACUGCAUCUCUGAUACACAGCUGCAAGUGCUGCUGGGAUACGCUGAAGAGGACAUCUAUGAUAAUUCUCGUCAAGCCACUGCAUUCGGCCUGCUCAAGGCGAUCCUUUCCAAGAAGCUGGUGGUACCAGAGAUGGAAGAGGUGAUGAAAAAAGUUGCCAAACUGUCCAUCAAUGGCUCGAAUGAGCAGGUCCGCGUCCGCUGUAGACAGAUCUAUCUGAAGUAUCUCAUGGAUUAUCCACUUGGAAAGAAGCUGAGGAACCAUUUUGACUUUAUUGUUGCCCAGCUCACAUAUGAGUAUGACACAGGGAGACAGUCUGCCCUCGAGAUGAUGGCCUUCAUUUUCCAAACAUUCCCUCAGCCUCUUCUCUUGGACCACUGUGGACUCUUCUUUGUGCCUCUGUCUCUGGCUAUGGUCAAUGAUGAUUCAGCACGCUGUAAGAAAAUGGCCUCUCUCGCCAUCAAGUCAUUACUGGGUCAAUUAGACGUGAAGCACAAGAACUCCAUGUUCACGUUGGUCAAUGGCUGGCUGACUGGAGAGAAGGUGGCUCUACGGAGAUUGGGUGCUCAGGUGUGUGGGCUUUUUGUAGAAGCUGAAGGGGAGCAAUUUGGCCGCAGACUGGAUUCUCUAUUGCCUCUAGUAGAGAGAGAGAUCCACACUGCCAACUUUGAAGAUAUCGAAGAGGAAGAAAACGAGAAGGCCGCAGACAGGUUACUCUUCUAUCAUCUCGUCCUCAUCACCAAACUUAUCAAGGACUGUGGCUUCUUGGAGCUCCACAAACCAGCUGACACACUCUCUAGCAUCUGGGGUCACAUCGAAGCACACCUGCGUUAUCCUCACUACUGGGUUUGGCUGACUGCUUCUCAGAUCUUUGGCCUGCUUUUUGCUGCUCAGAAACCAGAGGAACUGUUGUCUCUGUGGCACUCUGAGAGAAAUGCCCCCAAAAACACUCAGCCUGUGGCUUCCUCUUUCCUCUCAACCAGCCUGGACAAGAAGAUGAGGGAGCUUGUCUUAUCGUUCUGUCACCAGCUGCAGUCCAAGUUCCUGGACAUCACUGCUGGCGAGCAGGUAAUCAAGAAUCUACUCUUCGUGGCCAAGGUGAUCUAUCUUAUCUCACCAGAGUCUGACUUGGAGGAGAACGAAAAAGAAGAAGUGAAAGAUGCUGUGGAAAAAACAGAGGAGGAGAACCAGGAUGGAGAUGAGGAGCAGGAUGAUGAGGAAGACGAGCAGCAGCAACAGCCGAUUUCAGAGGAGCAGGAUGAGGAAGAGGAGCAUCAGCAAAAGAAGAUUAUAGAGGAGCAGGAGGACAAUCGGCCACCUUCUCUGCUCUGGAUGAUUAAGAAGCUCACGCUGCUUGCUAAGAGAGAGGCAGCCAACACCCCCAAAGUUCCAGUGAAGAGAACAUGCGUUUUCAAGUUCUUGGGAGCCAUAGCUGUUGAUCUGGGCAAAGAGCGUCUCGGCCCCUACCUGACUACCAUCAUUGCUCCGCUCUUCAGAGAACUGGACAGCACGUAUGCAGACCAAGACCCCACACUCAAGAACCUGGCCCAGGAGCUCAUUGAGCUUCUGAAGAAGCUGGUGGGUCUUGAGAAGUUCUCGCUUGCCUUUGCUGCUGUGCAGAAGGAGGCUACACAGAGACGAGCCUCACGCAAGAAACUCCAGGCCCUGCAGGCUGUGGCCAAUCCUGACAUUGCUGCUAGGAAAAAGAUCAAGAAGCACCAGAAGAAAACCGAGGCAAAGAAAAGGAAAACUGAAUUUUUACGGCCAGGACACAAAGCAAAGAAAAGCAAACGCAGUUCACUCAGAGACUUGGCUAUGGUUCAGUGAAAUCUUUCAUGAUAAAUCUUUUCAUUUUAAAUAAAUUACCCUUGGAGCUGAGAGUGUAAUUGUAUCCGGUCAUCAUGAUUUAUAGAUGCAAUUGUUACCUGGAUGGUGUUGCAUUACAGCUGUAUUACUGUGUGGAGUUGUGCAGUUAAAUGUACAAUGUUUUUUAUUAAAAGAAACGUAUAUGGA